CGACCCACGUGUGUUUCCGAAGGAGUGAAUUUGGGAGCAGCUGCGGCUGCGGUUGCAUUCAGGGAUCUUGUCGCUUUUGGACGUCGCGGGGCCUCGCUGGCCAGGACAUCGCCAUGCCUAAAGGACUGAAAGGAAAAAUUGUAGGACGGGAAAAGAAAGUCAUCCAUCCAUACAGUAGAAAAGCAGCUCAGAUUACAAGAGAGUCUCACAGACAAGACAAGAAGGAAAGAUUGAAGACUGAGAGGGCCUUGCGUCUCAACCUUAUUGGUGACAAGCUUCAGUGGUUUCACAGUCAUCUAGAUAACAAAAAAAUGAGGUAUUCAAAGAAAGAUGCCUGCGAAUUAAUUGAAAGUUAUUUGAAUCGGUUCAGCAGUGAGCUGGAGCAGAUUGAGUUACAAAACAGCAUCAAGGACAGGCAAGGAAGGAGGCACCAUUCCCGGGAGGCUACCAUCAAGCAGACAGUGGAGCGGGAACGGCAGCAGUACGAAGGCUAUGGCUUUGAGAUCCCAGACAUUUUAGAUGCUAAUAGUCUACAGGCUUUCCGGGAAUGGGAUUUUGAUCUGAAGAAAUUGCCAAACAUCAGAAUGAGGAAAGUUUGUGCUCAUGAUGCAAUCCCUAAGAAGCGCAAACAGAAGAAUAGUUUAAAUAUAGAAAAGGACUUAGGAGAAUUAGAACUAACAGGGGAAACUGUGGACUCAACAGAUGGGAAACUGGAACCAGCCAGUGAAGCAAGUGACACGGAUGAAGAAAUGACUCCAGUGCCUGUCUGACCUUACUGAAAUCACUUGACUUUAAAACAUCCUACUCACUGAGUAUGCUAAGUAAUCAUCUGUGUGUGGGCUGGUGAGAUGGUUCAGCCAGUGAGGGGCUGCAGCCACGCCCACCUGCCAAAGUUUGAUUCCCAGAAUUCAUUGGUCAAGAGAACAGAUACUACCCGAUUUCUUCUGACAUCCUCUCGCACACUGUGGCCUGUCUGCAUAUGUACACACAAAUAAAAUUUUUAGUAAUUUCA